AUGUGUCCAAUGUGGGGAACCCUCUUUGGGUUUACCACUGGCUACGGCUGGGGAUCGGUGGAUCUGACCUGCUGCAAGGAUUACCCCACUUCAGAGGGUUGUACCAAAUGCAAGGCCUACGACUGUAGCAGCACCAAAUCCUCUGACACCGGAUGUCGCCAACUCUUCGCCUUGGACUGCGAACUCGUGUUCACCACAAUAAGUCUGGAAGUGGCUCGGGUGUCUCUGGCCAACGGAUCGAGCCAGGACGACGCUCUGGUCCAGCCCGAGCACGAGAUCAUCGAAUUCAACACGCGCUUCUCCGGAGUCACUAAGCAGGACUACGUACUGUACAAGGUGAAAACUCUGAAGGAAGCCCAGUACGACCUGCUCCACUACAUCAAGAAUGGCACGGCAUCGAGAACGAUCUUCGGGCGCUGA